AUGUACGCACAGCUGUGCAAAAGGCUCAGCGACGAGGCAUCAAACUUCUUAAUUGACCAAGAUCCAAACACUUUUCGCGAAUUAUUACUAAAAAGGUGUAAGGUCGAGUUUGAUAACCGUUCUAAAGCAACAGCUGAGUUUGACAAUGACAAUGGAACACCAUUAUCUCCAGAAGACGAAGAACGACGACAGGUGGCUAAGCGCAAGAUGUUGGGCAACAUACGCUUCAUCGGCGAACUUGGCAAGUUGGAGAUCGUGGCGGAACAAAUAUUGCACUUGUGCAUUCAACAGUUAUUCCCGAGGAAGUCCAAUGUCAAGGACGCGGCGGAGGACCUCGAAUGCUUGUGUCAGAUAAUGAAAACAUGUGGUCGCAUAUUGGACACGGAAAAAGCAAAACCACUGAUGAAUCAGUAUUUUGAUAGAAUUGCUCAGUAUGCUGAAUAUCCUGAACUGCCAUUGAGAAUCAAAUUUAUGUUGUUAGACACCAUGCAAUUGAGAAAGGACAACUGGGUACCACGAAAAGCUACUACCACAGAAGGUCCAAUGCUCAUGGAUCAGGUGACUGAUAUCGUGAGUGGAGAGACAAACGGGCAGAAUCAGAGAAACAACCAAAUGCAAAAUGUGAAUCAGUCUAAAGAAAUGUUCAGACGCUCACUAAAAAUACGAGAUGAUAUGAUAAGUUCUACUCCGGUAUUACCAUUCAAUUCUACAAUGCCAGAUAAAUUUAAUUCCAUAAAUGGUUUUACCAAUUCGGGUAAUUACUAUAAUGUUAAUGGUCACAAAAACCACCAACGACUAUUAAAUAUUAACUCUGGCAAUAACUAUUAUCCACCAGCUAGAAUAAACUAUACAAUUAAUACCCAGCAAAAUAACAAUACUAAUAAUAAUAUGAACAAUAACAAUAUGAAAGAUCUAGGUCCAAAUAUUAAAAAACUAUUACGUGUUCAACAAGGUACUAAGCCUGAAGAUAUGUCCUUACGUCCAGCUGCAAAUAGUAUGUUAUGUAAACAAAUUCAAAUAAAACCACCUCCAUUAUCUAUGACUCAUAUAGGUCAAUCAAAUCAAAUAAAGCUAACUGAAGUACAACAAAUUCAGAUAAAACAAAAUUCACAUGAUAAACAUAAAAAUCUGAAAAAAGAUAAGGGAGUUUCUAAAGAAGAAGGUAUAAAGAAAGGAUUAGAUAUUUUGGACAAACUUGGCACAGAUCCAUCUAUGGAUGCUAUAAAAGCAGCAAAAGCAUUUGCAGAUAUCAAGGUGCCUGAUCGAUUUUUAGCAGAUGUUAUGUAUGUCCUUCUUUUUGAUCGGUUUCGUAAGAGAGUUGAUUUGGAUGAAGAAUUACUAUUCCGUUUCACUCAGGAGACCAAGAAACAAAGUAUUAUUUCUGAAUCUAUUGCCAUAGAUUGUUUAAAACAUUUUAUAUUGAAAGGACCGGAGUAUGAGUCUGAUGAUGAUAAAACAUUAUAUAAACGUUUUUCUAAAUAUGCUGCUGAAAUCUGUCAAAAUGUAUCUUCUAUAUCGGAACUUGCAGAGGUAUCAGAGAAUGGUAAAAGAUAUCCAGCGUUUUUAAUGGUCUUACAAGAAUUAAAUGAAGUCAUAGGAAAAAAUGAACUAACAACAGUGUUUAAAGAAAGUAAAGUCAAUCUACUAAACACUUUACCCGAAUCUUUAAGAACUAAAGAACAGCUUGCAGAAAUUUUGCAAGAACGUAAUUUAACUUUCCUUUUCCCAUUGUUGCGUAUACAAUCUGACUUGUGGAAACAAAUUACUAGUGAUCCAAACCCAACUCAAUUCUAUAAAUGGAUUAAAGAAAAUUUAGAUCCCGUCCAUUAUGUCGAUCCUGGUUUUAUAACGGCCUUAACCACAGUGAUGGUCAAAUUUAUAACUCAAGAGACAAACAGUACUGAAGUAAAUGCCUCAAAAGCUGAUUUGGAAAAAGAAAAGAGCCUCCUCGAAAAAUUCAAGCCAAUAAUGAGAACAUUUUUUGAUGACCAAAAUGAUCUGCAAAUGAAUGCCAUCUAUGCACUACAAACAUAUUUUUUUUCACUUGAUUUUCCAAAAGGCUUGUUAUUGAGAUGGUUCAAUUUAAUGUAUGAGUUGGAAAUUGUUGAAGAAGAAGCUUUCUUAAAGUGGCGUGAAGAUGUAACAGAUGCAUAUCCGGGCAAAGGCAAAGCAUUAUUCCAAGUAAACACUUGGCUGACAUGGUUAGCUGAGGCAGAAUCUGAAGAUGAAGAAGAUGAUGACGAUUGA